CCACUUCAGUUACCUCCUGCGUGACAUGCCCCUUCGGCCAAAGAGACCACAACAGCUGGCAGCGUUAGGUGCCAGCCUGAGCUGAAAGGCGGCUUGCAGAGCGGUUUGGGGCAGGUGGGGAGGAACGACAAGAAACGCAGAAUACUCUGGAUUGUAAGCUUAACCAGAUAAAGGAUGACGAACGUUGAAACAGAAAUGGGGCUUCCACCCAUUGAGCAAAAAUCGGGCCUCCAGAUAUGGACCAUCGAGAAUAUGAAGAUGGUGUCUGUUCCUGAAAAGGCUUAUGGGAGUUUCUUUGAAGGAGAUUGCUACAUCAUAUUAAAUAACUCAAAGACGCAACAUGGCUUUGCUACUGAUCUCCACUACUGGAUCGGGCGCGAUGCCACCCAGGAUGAACAAGGGGCUGCUGCUUUCUACGUGACUCAGCUGGACGAUGCCCUGGGAGGGAGAGCUGUGCAGCACCGAGAGGUCCAAGGAUACGAAUCGGCUGCUUUUAAAAGUUAUUUCAAAAAAGGCAUAAUCUACAAGAAGGGGGGAGUUGCUUCAGGAUUCAAGCAUGUGGAGACUAACAUGUACAACAUCAGACGACUCCUUCAUGUUAAGGGCAAGAAGCACGUGUCAGCCACAGAGGUCGAUCUUUCUUGGGACAGUUUCAAUAAGGGUGACGUCUUCCUGUUGGACCUUGGUAAAGUGUUGAUCCAGUGGAAUGGACCUUCCUGCAACGUUGCUGAGAAAACGAGGGGAAUGAUCCUGGCACGAAGCAUCCGGGAUGGCGAGAGAGGGGGCCGUGCCCAAAUUGGCAUCAUCGACAACGAGAAAGAUUGUCCAGAGCUCCUGCAGAUCAUGAAGGCGACGCUGGGAGAGAGGACCCGAGAGAUCAGAGAUACGCUACCAGAUGAAAAAGCAGAUGAACAUCAGAAAGCCAAUGUCCGCCUUUACCAUGUGUAUGAAAAUGGCAAAGAUCUUGUGGUUCAAGAAAUUGCGACCCGGCCCCUUACCCAAGACCUCCUGAGUCACGAGGACUGUCACAUUUUAGACCAGGGAGGUUUUAAAAUUUACGUCUGGAGAGGAAAAAAUUCCAGCAAGGAAGAAAAAAAAGCCGCUUUUAGUCGGGCAGUGGGCUUCAUCCAAGCCAAAGGAUAUCCUCCGACUACAAACGUUGAAGUUGUAAAUGAUGGAGGAGAAUCAGCCAUGUUUAAACAGCUCUUCCAGAAGUGGACAGACAAGUACGAGACUCAAGGGCUUGGCAAAGUCUACACUACUGGCAAAAUUGCCAAAGUAGAUCAAGUUAAAUUUGACAUCACUCAAUUAUAUGUGAGACCAGAAAUGGCGGCGGAAGAGAGGAUGGCAGACGACGCCUCUGGAAAAGUUGAGGUAUGGCGGAUUGAGAAUCGGGAGAUGGUUCCAGUUAAUCCCAAGACCUAUGGCCAGUUUUAUGGGGGUGACUGUUACCUUGUCUUGUACACCUACACGAAGUCAGGCCGACCUCAUUACAUUAUCUACAUGUGGCUUGGCCGCCAUGCUUCGGUGGACGAAACUACGGCUUGUGCUAUCAAUGCAGUGGAACUGGACAAGAAAUAUGGGGAUGAACCAGUCCAGGUUCGAGUGACGAUGGGGAAGGAACCCCGACAUUUCCUCGCUAUCUUCAAGGGAAACUUGAUCAUUUAUGAGGGAGGCACCAGCCAUGGCCAGAAGGACCAACCUGAACCAGCGGUCCAGCUCUUCCAAGUGAGAGGUACGGAUGAAUUCAACACCAAAACGGUUGAGGUCCCAGCCCGAGCUUCUUCUCUCAAUUCCAAUGAUGUCUUCCUUCUCAAGACCAACCAAGUGUGUUACCUGUGGUGCGGGAAGGGAUGCAGUGGGGAUGAGCGAGAAAUGGCGAAGACUGUGGCUGAUAUCAUCUCCAAGAGGGAUAAACAGACUGUUCUGGAGGGACAGGAACCAGCUGAAUUUUGGGUUGCCCUUGGAGGCAAAGCUCCCUACGCCAGUGACAAGAGGUUCCAGGAACGAGUCCCCCACUAUCAGCCCCGCUUGUUUGAAUGCUCCAAUCAGACCGGGCGGUUCAUCAUGACAGAAAUAGUGGAUUUUGGCCAAGAUGACUUGGAUGAAGAUGAUGUCAUGCUGUUGGAUACCUGGGAAGAG